GCAGUGGACGCGAUUCAGUGAUUUUGGACGACCCCUUCCAAAGCCAAGAACCCGGCAGCAGUCCCAUCUAUCCUUGCCCGGAACAAAGCAGCAGAGGGGAAGUGUUGAGUGUUGUUGGCGGUGUUGUUGCAACGAAGAUCAUUGGAAAAGAAGAGCUGAAGAAGUGCCACAGGGACUAACUUUCGUUCGAGCUAUUGUGUCCAAAUUUCCCUCAUAAAAAUGAGACAAGUCAAUCGCUGUGGCACCUGUUGGCUACUGGUCAUCUUUGCAUCUCUGGUGCUGCUGGCGGCCAGUUCGGAGGCUCGACGCGUCAGACGGCAGCAGCCCAGUCGGAAUCCUUUCACGACAUUCUUCCCACCGAGUGGUAAAUUUGUUCGCAACCGCCCCCUGCCCUCCUCCAGCGCCUCGCCCUACCUCAACAGCUCCCCCUUCAGCACGAACCAACCCGUUCGCACCACGUUCCUGGGUCAAUCCGUCAACGAACUGACCACCGCGCCCAUCCGGGUGGUGUCGCGACCCCAGCAGAGCAACAACAACAACCUCCCACCGCCGCUGGAACCGCGGAAGCCGAACCGAUCGCGGGACUUUUACGGCUGUCUGUCCAACUGCCUCACCCUGAGCCACUACAACCCGGUUUGCGGAACGGACCACACGACGUACCACAACGUGUACAAGCUGGACUGUGCCAACCGGUGCGGAGCGAGACCCCGAGUGCAAGUUCGGAGGCCCGGCAUCUGCUGAAAAUGGAUCGAAAUUUUACGAGUGGAUACGAAAACUCAAUGUUUAAUUGUCGGAAAAAAUGUACUUUUAAUUUGUUGCAUAAACCACAGAUGAAGUGAUAACUGUGCGGAGAAAUCGCAACAAUGUGAAGGAUUAGUAGGUUAGGUAUAUCUUUAUUGCAAAGACAUCGUACAAUUCGAAUGUAUUUAUAUUUAUAAAAGUAAUAAAUAAAAGU